AGCGGGACGGCUGCGGGUGCGGGUGCGGGUGCGGGUGCGGGCGCGGGAUGGCGCGGGCCGGGCGGCGCGGGGGGCGCUGCGGGCGGCGGGCGCUGCUGCUCUGCGCGGCGGGGGCGGCGGGCUGGGUGCUGGCGGCCGCGCUCCUGCUCCGCGCCGGGCCGGGCAGCCUCCCCCAGCGCUGCAGCGACCCGAGGAGCCGCCGCCUGCUGGCCGCGCUGUGCCAGGACUUCCAGGCCGGAGUGCUCACGGGGGACCUGUGUGAGGACCUGUGUGACAGGGGGCUGCUGCACUACGUGGGCUGCCUGUCCCAGGAGCGCGGGAAGCAGGUGCUGCGGGCGGAGUGGCGCGGCAGGCCAGUGGUCCUCAAGGCCCGGGAGGGGUUGCCGGGUGGCCCCCUGCCGCCAGGCCCGCUGGACGGGGCGGCUGAGGACCUGCCAGAGGCUGAGCUGCAGCUGCUGGUGGCGGCCGAGGUACAGGCGGUGCUGGGUCCGGGGCCGGCGGGGGGCGGCCGGUGGCCCUGGGCGCGGUGGCCAGGGGGCCGUGGGGGCCGGGUGGCCAGCCUGGGAGCCCUGCUGCGCCAGGAGGAGCUGGUGCUGCUGGGCCAGCUGGGGGGACGCAGCCCGCACACCCCACCCGUGCUGGGCUCCUGCGGCCCCUUCUAUGCCCUGGAGCUCCUGGCGGCCGGGGGACCCCAGCACCCCGCACUCUUCCCGCUGCGGCCUGUGGGCGCCCGGGCUCGGACCCGGGCCGUGGGUGCUGUGGCGCUCAGCUUCCUGGCUUUGGCGCGCCACUUUGCCGGGGACUUCCGGCACCGCCUGCACCUGUGUGACAUCAAGCCUGAGAACUUUGCCAUCAGGGACGACUUGACGGUGGUGGCCAUCGACGUAGACAUGGCCUUCUUUGAGCCCAAGAUGCGGGAGAUCCUGGAGCAGAACUGCACGGGGCAUGAGGACUGCAGCUUCUUUGACUGCAUCUCCAGGUGUGACUGGCACACUCACAGGUGUGGUGCCCAGAGGCUCAACAGCAACCUGCAGGUCAUCUGUGACAAGAUCUUCCGCCACUGGUUUGUGUCCUCUCUGCAGAGCUCCCUGUCUCUGUCUCUCCAGCAGCAGCUACGGGAGGCCGUGCUGGAGUGUGCGGACCCGGGAGGGGCCCCCAGUGUCGGCCAGAAGCUGCAGCGCCUCCUGCAGGCUGCACUCAGGGAGCUGCAGGACAUGGAGGAGUAGCCCUGCUCCUGAGGCCUCAGGACGGGGCUGUGACCUUGGAGGAGGGGUCCUUGAGGCCGGUGGACCCCCUUCCCCACCACUGGCCUGUCACCAGACACGAGGGAAGGCACAUGGAGCUGUCCCUUUGAGGCCAUGGCCAGCAGCCCCUCCCGCUGCCUCUCUGCAGAGGCCUGCCCCAGUGCUCUCUCUGCACACCCUCGCCACGUGCACUGAGUGUGCACACAGGGGUGUGAGCAGGUGUGCAAGCCCGGCCAUCCUCCGGGCGGGGAGAGAAGUCUCCAGCGAGCCCGGGUCUGGGGGGGAGGGUGGGUGGCAGUGGGAUAUUCCCAUUCUUGUGGACCAGAUGCAAUAAACAGCAGUAAUGCA